GGGCGGAGCGGCGCGGAGCGGAGCGGGAGGUUCAGCACCAAGGAGAGCUCCCCGCGCCGCGCCGCGCCGGGCCGCAUGGGGCCGAGCUGAGCGGGAGGGCGGCGGGCAGCGGGCGGGGGCCCGGCGGGCUCCGGGCCGGCCGUGGAUGAGCACCAUGCGGCUGCUGCUGCUCGCCCUGCUCUUCUCCUCCUCUUUCGCCCGCGCCGGCUGCGACCCCAAGAUCGUCAAUAUCGGCGCGGUGCUGAGCACCAAGAAGCACGAGCAGAUCUUCCGCGAGGCGGUGAACCAGGCCAACAAGCGGCACGGCACCUGGAAGCUGCAGCUCAACGCCACCUCGGUCACGCACAAACCCAACGCCAUUCAGAUGGCUCUCUCCGUCUGCGAGGACCUCAUCUCCAGCCAGGUCUAUGCAAUAUUAGUUAGUCACCCUCCUGCUCCCAACGAUCACCUAACACCAACACCCGUAUCAUACACAGCUGGCUUCUACAGGAUCCCUGUCAUUGGUCUGACAACACGCAUGUCUAUAUAUUCUGAUAAGAGCAUCCACCUGUCCUUUUUGCGCACGGUCCCACCAUACUCUCACCAGGCCAACGUCUGGUUUGAGAUGAUGAGAGUCUUCAACUGGAAUCACGUCAUUCUGAUAGUCAGCGACGACCACGAGGGUCGUGCUGCACAAAAGAAGCUGGAGACCCUCUUGGAGGAGAGAGAGUCCAAGAGUAAAAAAAGGAACUAUGAAAACCUCGACCAACUUUCCUAUGACAACAAGCGAGGACCCAAGGCUGAGAAAGUGCUGCAGUUUGACCCCGGGACCAAAAAUGUGACGUCGCUGCUGCUGGAGGCUAAAGAGCUGGAGGCUCGCGUCAUCAUCCUCUCCGCCAGUGAGGAUGAUGCGGCAACGGUGUACAGAUCAGCAGCCAUGCUCAAUAUGACGGGCUCCGGCUACGUGUGGCUGGUGGGGGAACGGGAGAUUUCGGGCAAUGCCCUGCGCUACGCCCCUGAUGGAGUCAUCGGCUUGCAGCUCAUCAAUGGGAAAAAUGAGUCAGCCCACAUAAGUGAUGCAGUGGCGGUGGUGGCCCAGGCUGUGCACGACUUGUUUGAGAAGGAGAACAUCACCGACCCACCAAGGGGCUGUGUGGGCAACACCAACAUCUGGAAGACGGGGCCCCUUUUCAAGAGGGUGUUAAUGUCCUCCAAGUACUCGGAGGGUGUCACCGGACGGGUAGAAUUCAAUGAGGACGGGGACAGGAAGUUUGCCAAUUACAGCAUCAUGAACCUGCAGAACCGCAAACUGGUCCAGGUUGGGAUUUACAACGGUAGCAAUGUCUUGACCAACGACCGGAAGAUAAUCUGGCCAGGAGGAGAAACUGAGAAACCUCAAGGCUAUCAGAUGUCGACCAAACUGAAGAUCGUAACAAUUCAUCAAGAGCCCUUUGUGUAUGUGAAGCCCACGCAAGCAGAUGGGACGUGCAGGGAGGAAUUCACCAUCAAUGGUGACCCUGUCAAAAAGGUCUUUUGCACAGGGCCCAACGAGACCAUCCCAGGCCGGCCCACUGUGGCACUGUGUUGCUAUGGUUUCUGCAUCGACCUGCUCAUCCGCCUGGCUGGUGUGAUGAACUUCACCUACGAGGUUCACCUGGUGGCUGAUGGUAAAUUUGGUACCCAAGAGCGGGUGAACAACAGCAACAAGAAGGAGUGGAAUGGGAUGAUGGGGGAGCUGCUGAGUGGCCAGGCGGAUAUGAUUGUGGCUCCCCUCACCAUCAACAAUGAGCGGGCACAGUACAUCGAGUUCUCCAAGCCCUUCAAGUACCAGGGUCUCACCAUCCUUGUGAAGAAGGAAAUCCCUCGCAGCACCCUGGAUUCAUUCAUGCAGCCCUUCCAGAGUACACUGUGGCUGCUGGUGGGGCUGUCUGUGCAUGUGGUGGCAGUGAUGCUGUACCUUCUAGAUCGAUUCAGCCCAUUUGGACGGUUCAAAGUGAACAGUGAGGAGGAGGAGGAAGAUGCCUUGACACUCUCCUCAGCCAUGUGGUUCUCCUGGGGAGUCCUGCUGAACUCCGGCAUUGGAGAAGGUGCUCCCCGGAGUUUCUCUGCUCGUAUUCUGGGCAUGGUGUGGGCUGGCUUCGCUAUGAUCAUUGUGGCUUCCUACACUGCCAACCUAGCUGCCUUCCUGGUGUUGGACCGUCCCGAGGAGAGAAUUACGGGCAUCAAUGACCCCCGGCUGCGCAACCCCUCCGAUAAGUUCAUUUAUGCCACGGUGAAGCAGAGCUCAGUGGACAUCUACUUCCGACGGCAGGUGGAGCUGAGCACCAUGUACCGGCACAUGGAGAAACACAACUACGAGAGCGCAGCCGAAGCCAUCCAGGCUGUGCGAGACAACAAGCUCCACGCCUUCAUCUGGGACUCAGCAGUGCUGGAGUUUGAAGCCUCGCAGAAGUGUGACCUGGUGACAACAGGGGAACUUUUCUUCCGCUCCGGCUUCGGGAUCGGGAUGCGCAAGGACAGCCCAUGGAAGCAGAACGUCUCGCUGGCCAUCCUCAAGUCCCAUGAGAACGGCUUCAUGGAGGAUUUGGACAAGACUUGGGUGAGGUAUCAGGAGUGUGAUUCCCGUAGCAAUGCCCCAGCAACACUCACCUUUGAAAAUAUGGCAGGUGUGUUUAUGCUGGUGGCUGGAGGUAUUGUUGCCGGGAUAUUUUUAAUAUUCAUAGAAAUAGCUUACAAAAGGCAUAAGGACGCGCGGAGGAAGCAGAUGCAGCUGGCGUUUGCGGCCGUUAAUGUGUGGAGGAAAAACCUGCAGGAUAGAAAAAGUGGUAGAGCAGAACCUGACCCUAAAAAGAAAGCCACUUUUAGGUCCAUCACCUCCACCCUGGCCUCCAGCUUCAAGAGACGUAGGUCCUCCAAGGAUACGCCCUGCAGAAUGGUCCCUCAGGAGUGCCAGAGAGACAGGCUGGCACCAUGGAGCCAAGACAGCCCCGGGAAGCUGCCACCCCACUCUGAACGUCCUAGCGCCCACCAUCACCCGAGCUGCACAGCCUCUCCGCGGCACAUCAUCCCCACCGCCCCAGGAGGAGAUGCAUGUGUUCCCCAUAGGCAGCUCCUGCAACUCGAAUAGCACUCGCAGAGCUGACGUACUGCCAUCCAUCGCAGCCACCCACGCUACCGCAACCCCACAGAAGCCAUGUGAGACGCAUAAACCACACAGACACCUUCCGAGCCGGCACAUUUCGUACAGACACGUACCGAGACGCACAGAUCCCUUAGCCCACACUGCAGACGUCAUCAGCCCCCACAGCCCCACUGCCAGCCCGCGGGCCCCCAGGCACAGCACAGCACACGUCCCACGCCACCGCCAAGCGAGGGCCCCGCGAGCGUGGGGACGAUGCCAGAACUGGUCGAGGAUGGAGGGGGUGCAUGGAAAAGGUCACCUUUUCAGUGAGAGAUCAGCCAUCCCAAAACCAAGUGCUUUUUGGCUGAAAAAGGACCUAGCUUUUGGCCCCGAACAACCAUCCGUAGGCCAAAGACAGCGAGUUUUUUUUAAAGGAAAGUUGACAUUUUCUACAGCAAGAUUGCGUUUAGCUGGAAUCCUAAUUUUUAAUUGAGGAAAAAAAAAAAAGAGAAACCCCAAAUUCUUCCAGAAAAUCUUCCACCAGCCAGGGUCUGCCAUGUGAGCCCAGAUUAGGUUGAAGUCAUUUUUAAAGACAUGCUGAUUUCUUGUCUAUAUUUUCUUCCUGAUGUCAUUUAAAGUUUUUGGUGCCUUCACUUCACUUCCAUACCUUAACAUGUUUGAGUCUCUUCUGCAGUUAAUAUUAAUUAAUUUCUUGGCUUUAUAAUGUUUGGUUUGGGGAUAAUUGCACCAUCCCUGUAACAUCAUUUACCCUAAAUUACUGAUAUGUGCUUCUAGCAUUAGUUCUACUUUAACAUAGUUUUGAUAUGACAAUUUUCUUGCUUUUUUUUCUUUUGCCUUUUCCUUUUUCUUUUUUUUUUCUUUUUUAAUAUUAAAAACUGCAUGCGUGAACUCUACAAAAAAAAAAAAAAAAAAAAAGAAAAGAAAAGUAAACGCAAAUGUUACCCUGUGAUAACUCUGUGAUUGGAGGAGAUAUGCUUUCAACCCACAGCCCCGCUCUGUAUCGCAGUUCUCCUGCCAGGCUCCCCAGGUCGCUUGGUGACGUCAGGGUCCCCCGGAGCUGUGCAGAGAGGGCAGAGCACCCCGUCCCAUCCCACCCCGCCGGGCCCCCCCUUGCUGCCCCACGUCCACGUGCACCGAGGCACACGCAUCCGCACCCACACUGCUUUUUUCCUGGUUGCGUCAGGGUAUUUAACAAAGGAUCUUUUCUUCUGCCCGUAUGGCUUUUUACCCGGAGCUCUUCCUCCGGCAGAGGCUGGCAUCGUCUCCUCUGGGUGCCUGCCCUGCCUCUCCCCUCUCUGAGCCUUUUCCCCCUGGUGGGGCUCCAGCCCCAUCCCAUCAGCUUUGUUAUGGCAGCUGAGGUUUUGGCUGCACCCCUUUAGAAGAGGUGUGGUUUUGGUGGACCAGCAGAAUGCCACAGAAAGCUCCCCAGGGUGACAGAGCAGACUGACAGAGCAGCACCUCCAGGGGCUGGCCAAGGUGUUGCCACUUGGCAGAGCAACGAGGGAUUUCUUAGAGGCUCCAUUUUGAUAGCUGUUGGUGCCCUGCAUGGAUGAGCCAUCCCAAGAGAUGUUCCUCACCACGUGUACCACAUGAAUGAGACCAUGCUAGCUCCGGUCCUCACCCCAGCAGCUCCCCACUGGGGUCCUUGCGAAGCCCCAAACAAAGCAGGGGAAUCCCAAAUAGCCCACGCUGUGCUCAAGGGGCCACCAGUCCUCCCCACACAGGGUAGCCACAGUGCCAGAGCCACCAGCAGAGGCACAUGGGCCAUGGUUGCUGUCAACACAGGAUGCAUUAAAUCCUGUGAAAUCCUUCUAAAGACCAAGGAGCCCAUGGGAGCCCAGCACACCGGCAGCCCUCCUAGCUAGCAUGGUGAUUGUCCGUGGAGAGGGCUCACACAGCAGCACAUGAGACCCAGCAAGACCUCCUCCUGCCCUGGCACCAUGUUAGGUCCCCAGAGCAGCAUGACAGAGGGGUCAGUGUCACCACUCUGCAUCAGUGCCACCCACCCACGCAGGGCUUGGAGCUAGGAGAAGGAGAGGAAGGACGUAUGAAGGAGGCAGGGAGGAAUCAGCUGCCUAUUUGCAAGCCCCUGCCUGGGGAAGAAGGCUUUUUUUUUCUUUUUUUGGCUGUUGAAGGGGUGUUUCUGCUCUCCCUGCUGGUGGGAUUGCAGCUAGGGAGGUCUCCCCCAGGGGUGUUGGCUGAGCACCCCGCUGCAAGGAGUACAGAACCCCAAAUCCAGACCACAUCUCCUGCACAGGCUGCACUUUCACAUUAGCAAGUGAUGCUACAGCUUGUCACCAAUCAACCACACAGCACAGCUCCUCACCUGCAUAGAAUGGUAGGCACAGCAGAGGCACUCAGGCAAGGAGGUGCAUUGCCCUGGCCUCAAAGCACAGCUUGAGCUGCCACCAGCCAUGCCCUGCAGCCACAUGCUCAGCUGUGGGCUGGGCUGGCAGGUCACAGCUUUUUCUUGUGGCAAUCCCUAAGCGGAGGUGGGUUGGCUCCACAGGUGCCAGGCACCACGCCAUGCCCUGGUGUCCUCCUCAUCCGGCCAUAGGGUGCAUGGAGAGCGUCUGCAAGGACCUCUGCACAAGGCCGGAACGUGGCGGGCAGGGGACCUCAGCCACGAGCAGAUUUGGGGCUGUUGCAUCACCCCCAGAGAUAUCCCGUAGGGACACAGGAGGUGCGAGGAGACGCGGGGGCGAGUGCCAGGACUGCCUAACGCUCCUCUCUCUCUGUCUGUGUAUUUGUGUGUUGCAGCAAUACCAUCCCACUGACAUCACCGGCCAGCUCAACCUCUCCGACCCCUCCGUCAGCACUGUGGUGUGACCUCCUCCCCGAGGGCCAUCAGUCCUUGCCCAACACAGCAGGAAGGCACAGCCAGGACUGCCUCUCAAGGGACACUGAUGGGUUCUUCAGGGUGAGAUGGGAGUAAAGCAUCCUUCAUCCAUACACGGUGACUUCAUUGUAUAUCUCCCUCCCUCCCUAGGCCUGCCGCCACACUCACACCCCAAAAUGCACGGCAGAACCAGGACAGGGUUUGGACUUCACUGUACAGAGAUAACCGCUCCCAACCAGUGCUGUUGUUGAUCAGUAUUGCCACUGACUGGCUGCGUGCGAGGGGAAAGGACUUGGAAGGCACGUGGUGCCUGCUGUCCCACGGUGACAGGGAAGAGCCGGUGUCGGGCUGCAGCCACAUGCUUGGCUUUGCGGGCUCUGGGUUCUCUCAGAUCCCAGAGAUGUUCUCGUGGAGCGGCCGGGGAUUGCUGCCAUGCGGUGAUCUGCCACCAGCACAGCAGGGCCGGGAGAUGUGCACACCUCUCAUGGCCAGGGGAUGAGCGCCCGUUCCCCUCCAUCAGCCCCUGCUCAGUGCCCGUGGUAUGAGCAAAUGUGGUGCAAUGGAGCUCCCAGCCAAGAUCCUGGUUUCCCAUAUCUGCACACAAGGCAUCCCCAGGGCCUGGUCGUGGCCAGCACGUGACUCUCACACUGUAGCUGACCUGACCAGGAGACAAACAAGGCAAACCAAGUGCCAGCUCAGCAGAGGGCAGCUAAACAAUACUGCUCAGAGCUACUCCUCCCCAUGCCCCAAGCUCCUACAGGCAGGUGUUUCAAGCAGCCAUAGGCGUUCAAGCACCCAGGAAACACCAUCCAGGUUGGGGAUGAGUGCCUGCAGAGUGUGCAUGAGCAGCGAGGGCAGAAAACCCUCCUGCAAUGUGGUACCAAGCCCCUGUGGUGAGAACCACCUUCUCCUUGCCCCAGCCGAGCAGGUGUGGCAGACAGGGCCGGCAAGAUUUUCGGGUGGCAGCUGGGCUCUGUGAGCAUCGUCCCACUGACUGCAGUGGCUCCAUCAAGUUCAUCUCACUCCAGCUGAGAAAUCAGGCCCAUUCGACUUUAUACGUCAGUGUAACAUUGAUACCAAGUUUUUGCAAGAGCUCAGUAAAGUCUAGACUGGA